GGCUAAAAGCCGCGUGUCGCACAGUUAGGAGUGUUCGGGACGGCAAGAUAGUGGAGAGUAAAAGAAAAUGGAGGAGAAAGUGAAGUGCUUGGCAUUGGUAGGAGCUGGCGCUCUAUUGGGCUCCGUUUCAACUGUUAUUCUCUAUAAACUUCUUUCAAGAUAUAUGGCAGACACAAGCUCUGAAAAUGGUAAAGAACUUGUAUCUACUACAGCAAUUGGUUCUUGUGCGAUGAAGGGUGAGAUGCCAGGUUUAGAUAUCCUGAAAGAUGAAAUAGUUUCUGAACAACUGACCAGGAAUAUUCAAUUCUUUGGCAUUGAGUUGCAGCAGAAAGUGACUGCAUCAUAUGUUGUUGUCAUUGGUCUUGGAGGGGUUGGGAGUCAUGCAGCUUCUAUGCUUUUGAGAUCAGGGGUUGGCAGGCUCCUCUUGGUGGAUUUCGAUCAAGUAUCACUUUCAUCAUUAAAUCGACAUGCUGUUGCAACCCGAGCCGAUGUUGGUACUCCAAAAGCUCAGUGCCUCAAAAGGCAUUUCUCAUUGAUCUUCCCAGAAUGCUGCAUAGAGGCAAAAGUGCUGCUCUAUGAUGCAAAAUCCGAAGAAGAAAUUCUUUCAGGCCACCCUGAUUUUGUUCUGGACUGCAUUGAUAACAUUGAUACAAAGGUAGCACUUCUUGCUGCUUGUGUACGUAGGGGUUUGAAGGUUCUAUCUGCAACAGGAGCUGGUGCUAGAGCUGACCCUACAAGAAUUCGUGUGGCUGAUUUAAAAGAGUCAACAAAUGAUCCACUGUCUCGAUCUGUAAGGCAUCGUUUGAAGAAAGAUUAUGGCAUUGAAGGUGGUAUUCCCGUUGUUUUUUCCUUGGAGAAACCUAAGGUAAAGCUGCUCCCAUUUAAGGGGCCAAGUGGAGCAGAGGAAAAUCCUUUAGAUUAUCAAAUGGUACCUGGGUUCAGGGUUCGCAUCAUACCUGUUCUAGGUAGCAUCCCUGCAAUUUUUGGACAGGUCAUGGCCUCCUAUGUUGUGACACAGCUAUCUGGAUUGAACGUUCAAACGGAGCCCAUAGUAACCUUAGAUAGUGAUCAUUACCAGGUGCUUCACCAACGCCUUAUUGAGCAUGAAGAAUCCCUCUAUGGCACAAAUGAGGAAGUCCAGGUUUGAAAAUUUUUUAGUUAA